AUGACGCUUUUCCCAAACUUUUCGCAUUCUUCCCAACCUACCCAUUCCACGGGUAACGACGCGGCAAGCAAUAUCCCUGCAUCACCGAUGCCAGACGGCGACCACGAGAACGGGAAAUGGUUCGGAAAGCGACCUGGCGGCAUUUCCCUUGCCGCGCUUACCCGCAAAGCCACACACACACAAGAAACACCGUCCACGUCGCCAACAGGCUCAAGCGCGCCUAAUUUUAAGCCAAUUGAGAAUGCCGGGCCGAACGUGGUGGACCCAUCGCGUCUCUCCGAAUUUUCUUUGCGCUUGAACGAGCUGGUGAACAAGGCAUUUGUAUCUACCAAGACUUCUCAUGCGCCAAGCACGCCGAUCACCACUACGUCGCCUUUUACAGGCACGAUUAUCUCUUUGCCGCGGCUCCAAACUAUCUCGUACGAGUCGAACCAUUUGCCCGACCGUGUCAAGGUGAUCGAAAUGACACGGCUCGUCAUCAACGAGCUGCACACCGCCGCGGCAGUGGACCCGUACUUUUUACGCGCCGUUGCGCGCUCAGUGGUCAAGUCUGUGUCGCAGUUUGUGGUCCGUAUCGAGGCACUGAUUGUGCCUGUGAACCGCGGUCCCAAUGUGCUGUUUAUUCCAGCGCACGGUAAGGCUGCGCAGCAUCUUCCUGCCGCGAUGGAGUUUAACUUAGCGCUCAUGAGCUUCGAGUGGAUUGUCGAAGAGAGCCUUGAGCGAUGCCUCGAUGGACUCCCCCCCCUGGCACUUUUGAGUUCGCCCAAUAUUCUAGUUCCUACUACCAGCGAGGGUCAAGCUAUGCCGCGGAUGCCACCGUUUGUGCACGAGAUUUUGUCGCCGCUACAAGAGCAAAUGGAGGCAAGUAUCAUCCACGUCGUCCAGCCUGUUCUCGUUCAAAUCAAGUCUGGACUUGCGGCGUGCAUUGCACGCGGUAAUCCGCGGCCGUUUGAGCCACAGCGAGCAUCCUCGGAAAUGCCGUAUCCCGAGUUUAGCGAGUAUGCCUCGUACGGAAGGAACGCGCCGCAUGUACCAUGGCUCAAAGAACUCGAGGACCGGUUGGACGGUGCGUACCGACUUUUGUCUUUGCGUAUUGUCGAGCGCUGCGGCCAAGAUGGACACGCCUGGUUUAUUUCUGUUGCCACACACACGAUCUGGAAAGGGCUUUUGUCCAUUACCGCGCGCUCUGUUUUUGCGCCGACCAGCGUUGUCGAGUCGCAAUUUUCGCACACCUUUGGCCCCACUCCGAACAACUCGGACAGCAGCGCGAUCCUAAACUCGUUACUGUCCGGUGAGCCAAUGCAGAACAAGCGCGUGCCGACACCCACGCAGCUUGCCCAUGCACUGCGCAUGGUCGGCAAACCUCACAGCCACCGCUUCCGCAAAAAUCCCGGGGAGUCGUUCACUGGCACACACACCCCAGCUGAGUCUGCGCUUCCUUCUGUCGCAUUUGACGGGUGGAAAUCGCACUUUAUGCUUCCUGCGGACGAGUCUGUAUGCUACGUGGUCAAUCCACUACUGAUUGCCGAACAGUUGCACGACCUCCAGGUGUUUGAGCGCUUAAUGAAGCAGUUUUGUUCGCAUCUUUUAUACCCCGAAGAGGCCAAGAAGCCCGGGCGCUUUGGCUCUCGUGCGCGGAAGCACUCGGGGAGUGACAGCGACCCCGGAAAAACAGAGCACCGUCCGUCCUCGGCGCAGGAAUACGCCGAGGGCGAUGCUUCUUCCGAAGAAGCACACGAGGCCGGCCAUGGUGACGAGGAUCUUGCCUUGGCCGCGCUGCGCGAGGCGUUUGAAGCGAUGCGAAGCACCGUCAUUGUCCUGCGCACCUUGCUGCAGGAGCCAGACUCGCUGCAGCACCUAGCAAUGGUGACUCGCCAAAAAUCCAACUCUAGCGAGCAUCUGCUGUCUUCUGCGGCGCACCACGCAUUCAACGUCAUACCCCCCCUCCUUUUGAUUCAGAUUGCGUACUGCCGUAUCCCCCCUAUCUGGUCUGGACGGAAUGCACAGUGCGACUGUGACUUGCUCCUCGAGGCGCCGCCCAGUGUGUUUGGACGCACAUGGAGCGAGUACGACGCUGCGCUUCCUGGUUUUGCCGCAGGCGAAGCCGCAGCCGAGUCACUUGCGCAUUUGUACGGCCCUGUUCUUGCACGCACAUUCAGCGCGCUAGUCGAUCAGUGUGCAGAUGCGGAUCCAUGCGUGUUGCACGACACAGACACUGCCUCGCUUCGCUCUGUAUCCUCCAACGAGACGGAACAGUUGAACAUAAUGACACGGUCCGCUCCCGCGCUGGAGAAUUUGAGUCUUUCUGAAAUGGAUAGCGGUCUCAAUACUCGCUCUACUGGACCGGAGAAUCAUGCAUCCAACAUCACGAAACAACUGCAGGCUCAAGGCAGGUCGCGUUCCAUGCACCGCACCGCUGUAUCCAACCGGUUUUGGCGGCGUAACUCGUCGCAAGGCAGUCAGCAUGGCCAAGUGCCGCAUCCACAUGCGCUUCCGCCGCGGAUCUCUCGCGCUCACGCUACGACAGGGCCUCACAGGCAUUUGCGAGGCAGCAAGCAGCGCGAUUCUUCGCCCCCCAGCAGCUCUUUGCCGCGCAGCACCACCUACACGCUUGCGCAGAUGCAGCGAAAUGCGCUGAACAUGUUUGACAGUGUUCUAUUCCGUGUUAAUCGCACGUUUGGCAGGUCGGGAGGUGUGCCGUAA